UGGGAUACUAAGUAAGGGGGGAGUACUCGAAGAUAAAAGACGCUAGAGUAGUUCUUCCUGAUAGAUCUACGUCCCUUUGUCUCCCUUCGUUUAUAAUCAUGGCGUAUGUUAUGAGAAAUACGGGCCGCAAGGGCCUUGAAAUACUUGGCUAUGGAUCAUUUCGGCAUCUACAUGCAACAGCUUUCGCAGCAGCCAAAACGGCACCAAUGAGUCGUUUUGAACCUGAUCAGUCAAUCGACUAUGACAAACUUAAGCACAAAGUUCAAAUUGUCAAAAACAAAUUGGGAAGGCCACUAACUCUCUCUGAAAAAGUUUUAUAUGGACAUCUUGAUGAUCCUAAAAACCAGGACAUCAAAAGAGGAGAAAGUUACCUAAAGUUAAGGCCUGAUCGAGUGGCUAUGCAAGAUGCUACAGCUCAGAUGGCCAUGCUUCAGUUCAUAUCAAGUGGUCUCCCUAAAGUGGCUGUGCCUUCAACAAUUCACUGUGAUCAUCUCAUUGAAGCCCAGCUUGGAGGAGACAAGGAUCUGAACAGGGCAAAAGAAAUAAACAAAGAAGUGUAUGACUUUCUAGCCACAGCAAGUGCUAAAUUUGGUGUUGGGUUUUGGAAACCAGGCAGUGGCAUUAUUCACCAGAUUGUUCUAGAAAACUAUGGCUACCCAGGUGUUUUAUUGAUUGGAACUGACAGCCACACACCAAAUGGAGGUGGUUUGGGUGGCUUGUGUAUUGGUGUUGGUGGAGCUGAUGCUGUGGAUGUAAUGGCCAACAUUCCCUGGGAACUCAAGUGCCCUAAGGUCAUUGGUGUUAAGCUAACAGGUCAAUUAUCAGGAUGGACAUCAGCCAAAGAUGUCAUUCUUAAAUUAGCUGGUAUACUGACAGUCAAAGGAGGAACAGGAGCCAUAGUGGAGUAUUUUGGACCGGGUGUUGACUCCAUCUCCUGUACAGGCAUGGGUACUAUCUGUAACAUGGGAGCUGAGAUUGGGGCAACCACAUCUAUAUUUCCAUACAAUCACCGAAUGCAAGAUUAUCUCAAGGCAACCAAUAGAGAAGCUAUAGCCAGCCUUGCCAAUGAGUACAAAGACCUUCUUUCUUCAGAUGCCAAUGCUCAGUAUGAUCAGUUGAUAGAAAUCAAUCUCAGUGAACUUGAACCCCAUGUUAAUGGACCAUUUACUCCAGAUCUGGCAACUCCUAUCAGUAAACUUGGUCAGGUGGCUAAAGAGAAAGGUUGGCCACUGGAUGUUAAAGUUGGUUUAAUUGGAAGUUGUACCAACAGCAGUUAUGAAGAUAUGGGCAGAUCUGCAAGUAUUGCUAAGCAAGCACUUGACCAUGGAGUGAAAGCUAAAGCUGCUUUCACUAUUACUCCAGGCUCUGAACAGAUUAGAGCAACUAUUGAAAGGGAUAGCUAUGCCACUGUUCUCAGACAAAUAGGGGGUGUUGUCUUAGCUAAUGCUUGUGGGCCAUGCAUUGGUCAGUGGGAUAGAAGAGAUGUCAAGAAGGGAGUCAAGAACACCAUUGUAUCAUCCUAUAACCGCAACUUUACAGGCCGCAAUGAUGCCAACCCAGCUACCCAUGCCUUUGUCACAUCUCCAGAGCUUGUCACAGCCCUGGCUAUUGCUGGUGACUUAAGUUUCAAUCCUCUAACAGACAGUCUGACUGGUCAGAAUGGAGAAAAGUUUAAACUACAAUGUCCAACAGCAGAGGAGCUUCCAAAAGCUGGUUUUGACCCUGGGGAGGAUACCUACCAAGCUCCACCUACUGAUAGCAGCUCUGUGAAUGUAGUAGUUGCCCCUGAUAGCAAACGCUUACAAUUGUUAACACCUUUUGAUAAAUGGGAUGGAAAAGAUUUGGAGGAUUUGAUUAUCUUAAUAAAGGCCAAAGGAAAGUGCACAACUGACCACAUCAGUGCAGCUGGUCAGUGGCUCAAGUACAGGGGUCAUCUAGACAAUAUCUCCAACAAUCUGCUCAUUGGCGCUGUAAACAUAGAAAAUAAUGAAAUGAAUAAGGUGACGAACCAACUGACAGGAGAUUCUGGUGCUGUGCCAGAUACCGCUCGGUAUUACAAGGCUAACAAACAAGGCUGGGUUGUGAUAGGGGAUGAAAAUUAUGGUGAAGGCAGCAGCAGGGAGCAUGCUGCAUUGGAACCCAGGCAUCUUGGAGGCAGGGCCAUUAUUGUCAAGAGCUUUGCUCGCAUUCAUGAAACUAAUUUGAAAAAACAGGGCUUGUUACCUCUGACCUUUUCAAAUCCAGCUGACUAUGAUAAGAUUCAACCAUCUGACAGAAUUUCUUUGGUGGGACUCAAAGACCUUGCCGCUGGAAAGCCAGUUGAAUGUCACAUAAAACACAAGGAUGGAAGCGUGGACAAAAUUCAACUGAAACACACAAUGAAUGCUGGACAGAUAGAGUGGUUUAGAGCAGGUAGUGCUCUCAACAGAAUGGCUGAAAUAGCCAAACAGAAGUAACAUUGGUUUUCUUAUAGAAAUAGUUACCCCUAAUACGUUAGUACUAUCUCAUUGUGACUGUUACAGCCAUCAAUUAAUUUGAUCUUAGACCUGACUCAAUAAAAUUUUUUCUACUUAUAUUAUCAUUGAUAGUUUACUAUCGUAGAAUUUUACAUCAUUUAUGAAUUUUUUUUACAUUAUUUUAGAAAAGUGUUUCUUAAACUCUCGGAUUUACCAAACUCUAUCACAGUUCAAGCUUAAUUAAAAUAGUCCUCAUAAGUACUGGAAAUAAAACGUAAGAUAAAAUAAGAUUGUUGAAACUACUUUAUUUCCAUUUGUAUCAAAUAUCAUCUAUUCUGUUAAAUGGGUCUAUUUUUUUUUCUCUAUUUAUGACAAACCUUAACUUCACUUUACUUGCAAAACUCAUUUAUAAUCAGAAAUGGUAAUACUUCACUCAAAUGUGCUUUCUGGCAUUGUCUUUUGUUAUUCAAGUGCUUGGUACAUCUGAAUGGGGGAAGUUUUUCUUGUCUAUAUUAUGCCAACAGCAGUACAAUCUAUUAUAGAUGAUAAAUUAUUCUCUAAGAAUGAGAGAAAACAAAAGAAAUUGCUAAGAGAGUACAAUCAAAUUUUAAAAGUUUAGAAAUCAAUUUCGUUAGCAUUAUAAGGUUUCACUGACUAAACAAUUUUAUCAAAAACAUCAGAUUUAUUUACCCUGAGCAUAUUUGAAUGUCAUCUCUUGUCAAUAGAUGGGCUAGUCCUUUAGAAUAUUAAGUAGAAGAAUUGUUUUUUUUUUUUUUUCUUUAUACAUUUCACAAUCAAUAGAAGAGCUUUUCAAAGGUUGCAUUGUAUUAUUGAGAUUUGUAUACAUAUGUAAAUGAGUAGAUAUCAAGUAUUGUACUAGACAUGAUCACCCUGUAUUAGUGACUGUUAAGUUCAAAUAAUGCUGUAGGAUAAUGUCCAUAGUUGUUAAGAAUCAUUACUUGUGUGAGAAUGAUAACCUAAAAUAGUUUUUAAGAUAAUCUGAACACAUGCAUGAAUCUUUAACAUUGCUGGGCUGAGUCAGAUGUUUUUAUAUUAGCUCCGGUGAAUGUUUUUUUUCUUUUAAAUAUUUAUUUCUUGACGAGAGACACUUUGAUCACUAGAAACAUAUGAUUUGUGUAAUUUCUCGGAUUAAAAUUGUAUAUUCACAAAAACUGAUUGAUUACAUUAGAUGUAGAAUGAUUUAAUGAUUGAUUUGUAAAUAGAUAAAAUGAUAGAUGACAUGUUUAUUUCUAAACAUCUUGUUCCAUCAUUACCUAUAUAAAAUGGCCCAGAUCAGAAUAAAUAAACAUAAACUGUGAUACUGUUUA